AUGGGCGUCGUCUCGGCGGUGGCGGACGCGGUGGUCGUCCUAUUCUCGCUCACCAUCGCAAUGGCGGCCCCGCUGAUCGGCGCGCAGUCCGUCCUCCCGCGAUACCUCUACCCGGCGCCGUUGCGGGACUUCAAGCGGUGGUACGCCGCCGAGUUCGACGACUACCUCAUGGCCCAGCCGCCGGCCUUCCUCCGCGGCAUCUUCUGGCUCGAGAUCGCCUUCCUCUGGCCGCUCUCCGUCGCCACCAUCUACGGCGUCCUCGCCCGACGCCGCUGGGCCGCCACCACCUCCCUCAUGGCCGGCGUCUCCACCCUCACCUUCAUGUCUGCGAUACUUGGUGAGAUGCUGGGCUCCGGAAGAGCAACGCCGAGGCUGCUUCAGCUGUACGGUCCAUACGUCGUAUUUGCUGUCAUUGCCAUUUUGCGCGGUCUCCGCUCAUGUUCAGCUUCAGCGCCACCGUCGUCUGCAUCCUCUGCUCGGAAGAAGAGGGUCUAG